AUGAUUUCGCUUCCCGAUUCCGAUGGCCUGACAGGAACAACUCGAUCAUCAAGCACCACCUCGUCUCCCGCGUCUCCCGCGUCUCCCGCACAACAUCCAUCCAUCCGACCACGCCCGCACCUCCGCUGCUGCAGCAAAUUCGAGUUACUCUUGGCUUCCGGGGCUGCUGCCGUGUUUCCCACCUUUCUCAACCUGUUCUGGGCCUUUACGUCGGCCACACCCCCCAAACGAGCCAACCACCCUAUCCCGCCCCCGCACUGA